GACCCAGACGAGGGGCUUGCAGACGGAAGCAGGGGCCUCGGCGCUGCCCCGCCUCAGGGUGCCUCGGCUCCGGCGCCUGGGGCCGCAGGGGCCUGUCCCGUGACCCUUCCUCCUUUGGGGCUCCCUGGCGGCCCCGAGACUCGCCCCCGGGCUCCCCUCUCCCGCCCCGGGCCCCGCCCCCAGCAGGUGCCUCCAUCGCCGGGACACCCCGUCUGGCGUCUCCCCCAGUGCCUCACGACCCCCCCCCUUCCUCCUCCCACAGGAGUCGCUGUCGUCGCUGGUUCCCAGCGUGUCUCCCGGGGAUGUUCCGCCGAGAGCGCUCCAUCCGCCUCCGCGGCUCGGCUGCCGCCCUGUGCAACAACCUCACGGUGCUGCAGCUGCCGGCCCGCAACCUCACACACUUCGGGAUGGUGCACGGGCCCAGCGCCCAGCUGCUCAGCGCAGGGCCCGAGGGUGUGCCAUUGGCCCAGCGCCAGCUCCAGGCUAAGGAAGGCGCCGGCGUGAGCCCCCCGCUUAUCACUCAGGUCCACUGGUGCGUCCUCCCGUUCCGGGUACUGUUGGUACUCACCUCGCAUCGAGGCAUACAGAUGUACGAGUCUGAUGGUUCCGUCAUGGUCUUUUGGCAUGCUCUAGACUCUGGAGAUGCCUCUCCAGUGCAGGCUGUGUUUGCCAGAGGAAUUGCCGCCUGUGGUCACUUCAUCUGUGUGGGAACAUGGUCGGGGCGAGUACUGGUGUUUGACAUCCCGGCCAAAGGUCCCAAUAUUGUACUGAGUGAAGAGCUGGCUGGGCACCACACACCAAUUACAGACAUUGGCACUGAGCCUGCCCAGGGACAGGACUGCAUAGCUGACAUGGUGACGGCAGAUGACUCAGGCUUGCUGUGUGUCUGGCGGUCAGGGCCCAAAUUCAAAUUAUUGACUAGUAUUCCAGGAUUUGGGGUCACGUGCCCCUCGGUGCAGCUGUGGCAGGGGAUGGUAGCAGCAGGCUAUGGAAAUGGGCAAGUGCGUCUGUAUGAAGCCAAAACAGGAACUCUUCACAUUCAGAUCAGUGCUCAUGCCAGAGCCAUCUGUGCCCUGGACCUGGCUCCUGAGGUGGGCAAGCUACUCUCUGCAGCAGAGGACACCUUUGUGCAUAUCUGGAAGCUGAGCAGAAGCCUGGAGAAUGGCUCCAUUGAGGUGGAACACUGCCAUGGUGAGUGUGUACCUGAUACCCAGGUGUGUGGUGCCCGGUUCUGUGACCCCUCAGGCAACUCUUUUGCUGUGACUGGCUACGACCUUGCUAAGAUUCUGAGAUUCAGCAACAUGUGAGAGAAAAUCGACCUCCUUCUCCUCCUCCCUCCCUGUGCUAUUUAUAAAGUACCCCCUCUAUCCAGCCCUUGUC